CAGUUUGCUCAAGCAAUGCGGUUUGCCAUUGAAGAAAUAAACAACAGUACAGACCUACUUCCAGGCAUUUCUCUGGGAUAUAAUAUUUAUGACACUUGCAGUUCCAUUGUCAGAAGCAUUAAAGUUGCACUUGCCUUGACCAAUGGUAAUAAAAAUGUGUCUAUAACUUCUAAUAAGCCAUGUACCAGACCUGGUGAAGUACUGGCUAUAGUAGGAGAAAACUCUUCCUCCUCCAGCACAGCAGUGACUACUGUUAUUGGUCCUUUUCAUAUGCCACUGAUCAGCCACUUUGCAACAUGUGCUUGUCUCAGUGAUAAAUCUAAGUACCCAUCCUUUCUCAGAACCAUACCCAGUGACUACUAUCAGAGCAGAGCCCUGGCUCAUUUAGUAAAGCACUUUGGAUGGACUUGGGUUGGGGCUGUUAGAACCAAUGAUGAUUAUGGCAAUAAUGGCAUGGCAACGUUCACAGAAACUGCAGAGCAGCUGGGCAUCUGUCUGGAAUAUUCUGUUUCUUUCUUUAGAACAGAUUCAUCUGAAAAAUUGCAAAAGAUAAUUGAUAUUAUCAAGGCUUCAACUUCAAAAGUGAUUGUUGGUUUUCUAACUCCUAGAGAAAUGGAGAUUAUUUUACAUGAGUUGUCCCUUUAUAACCUGACAGGAUAUCAGUGGGUCGGCAGUGAGUCGUGGAUCUUUGAUUCUCAAAUUGCAGCAAUGGAUAAGAAUCACAUCCUGGAUGGAGCUAUAGGACUUUUUAUCCCUAAAGCACACGUCAGUGGUCUGAAAGAGUUCAUGCUGGAUGUAAAGCCAUUCAAUUCAUCAAAUAAUGGCUUGUUUACAGAGUUCUGGGAGGCAUUAUUUAACUGCAAGUUCAAGAAGUCACAAUCAAAGGAGAGUCAGACAGAAUGUAGUGGACAUGAGGAUCUGACUGCAGUAGAAAACAGCUUCACUGACAUGUCCCUCAUGCCUAUUUUUAACAAUAUUUACAAAGGAGUGUAUGCAGUGGCCCAUGCUCUGCACAAUAUUCUUGGAUGUAAUAAGACAUGCAACAGCAGUGUGCCGCUGGAACCAUUUACUAUUUUGCGGCACAUUCAAAAAAUUCACUUCCAGACAAAAGAAGGAGAGGAGGUUUACUUCAAUGAAAACGGAGAUCCAGCAGCAAAAUACGAGAUUAUUAACUGGCAGCCAAGAAACAGCGGCAUUGUGGAUUUUGUUUCUGUUGGUCUUUAUGAUUCAUCGUUACAUCAGGUCAAACAGCUAAAUCUGCAAAAUAAGACUUUCAUUUGGGCGCAGAGUUCAAAACUGGUUCCGGUGUCAGUUUGCAAUGAAAAGUGUCCUCCAGGAACACGUAAAGUCCUCCAGAAAGGAAAACCUGUUUGCUGCUAUGACUGUAUAAGAUGUGCAGAGGGAGAAAUGAGCAACAUCACAGGUUAUAAAGUGUUUAUUAUUCAUUUUUGA